CUAGAAUGAGGGUGGGGGAGUUUCCAUUGUGAUCCAGGAUUAGCCUAGUGCUGCGGUAGCCUAUAAAGCGUCAGUUUAGCCUCAGCACCUGUCAUACAAUUUUUCGCAUCUCCGUCGAACAACAAAUGGCACCAUAAUGGCUAUAGGUGCGUUUUCUUAAAAUACGUAACAAUUAAGUGGCAAGAAUAAAUAAGGGGCAAGAAAAAAACAAAGCAGAGAAGCAUAUUUUUCGAGAAUAGAAAUUAAACCAUUCGGACGUCGUCAGGAAUUUAAGAGACAGUCAUGACCCAAGGGAAGCUCUCCGUGACAAACAAGACAGCCAAUGGGCAGCAAGAGGGAGGUGCUGUGCCAGCUGCUCCGCCCAGCUACCAAGAGGCGACAGCAGGAUCAAGCCCCACUUACAGUGGGAGUUACCUUGACGGGGAGAUGCUGACAGAAUUCAGCUGGGAUGACAAGAACAUCAGAAGGAUCUUCAUCCGCAAGGUUUAUGCCAUCCUGAUGAUCCAGCUGUUCGUCACGAUGGCCAUUGUGGCGAUCUUCACAUUCUGUGACCCAGUGAGGUUCUACAUCCAGGCUAACCCUGCCUGGUACUGGGCUUCCUACGCCGUGUUUUUCGUCACCUACCUGACGCUGUCUUGCUGCGCGGGACCAAGGAGGCAGUUUCCCUGGAACUUGAUUCUGCUGGCCGUCUUUACUGUCAGCAUGGCCAGCAUGAUGGCUUUUGUGUCCAGUUUCUACAACACCAAGUCCGUGGUGCUGUGUCUCGGGAUCACCGCCAUGGUCUGUCUGUCUGUCACUGUCUUCAGUUUCCAGACCAAGGUUGACUUCACUUCCUGCCAGGGCCUGCUCAUGACCUUAUGCAUGGUCAUGUUCAUCUGUGGGAUCGUCUUGGCCAUUGUCGUCCCUUGCGGAUACGUCCCCUGGUUACAUGGCAUCUACGCUGCUCUAGGAGCGACACUGUUCACUAUGUUCCUGGCGUUUGAUACCCAGCUUCUGCUGGGGAACAAGCGAUAUGCCCUGAGCCCCGAAGAGUACAUCUUCGCCACGCUCAGCAUCUACCUGGACAUCAUCUACAUCUUCUCCUUCUUCCUCCAGCUUUUCGGGUCGGGCCGGGAGUGAUCCCAUGGGCCCGGGGCGUCGCGCGACCGAAAGGCAUUCCACUGUGAUCGUCCGUACCCCCCACUCCCCCAGGUCCAGGUCUUCUCCAGGUCUCUCACCUUCUCGCCCAACUGAGUGACGCCUCACACCCCCCUUGCAUGAUUGGGUUGUAUGCUAACUGGCUUCACUGUAGAAACUGAUCCCGGUCCUAAUACACAUUUGUGAUGUCAGUCAUUUUGUCUUUUAGACCGUGUAAAACUCUAUCAAGUAGUUGAUUGCGCUCUAGUUAAUUCAAGACCUGAACCUUUUUUUCUAAUUGGUCCACUCUCCUGCUUAAUGCCACUGUCCCACCAAUCACAUGCAAAGCUGCCUGUUUUCAGCGUUUGUUUUUCACUACCCCUCGACCGGUAGGGUUUUGAGCCAAAAAUGAGCCGAAAUAUUAUGAGCUACGAACAUAAUUCAUGGUCAAAUCUGAAAGAGCAUGUCUUCUAAUUGGAAGAGAAUGAUGGCUAGAUCUCUAUGAUGUUAUUACAGCGCCAACAAGAACCAAAUGGUAGAAAAUUCCAUUGAGCACUUGCAGCCAUAUGAACACCAGCAUGCAGAUGUUCAUUCCUAAAGCUCUCUAUAAAAGGAGCUCUGACACUGUACUGAACUUCCAAUCCUCUGCUAUGCUUGUUCUGUGGUAGUUGUAUGUUGUAACACAACAAAAUCUAUUCAUUAACUUCUUCCCCUUUUUACCCGUUCAGUUCCCCAGUUCUAUUCCAAAAUUAGAAAUGGUACAUUUAUUUUCUAAUCUUCUCAAAUUUGUCACGGAGAAGUCAGGUUAGAAUUGAGACAAACCACUGACCGCCGGCUAAUCAACACUACAAAUCUGAUCCAGUGACUGAAUAAUUUUACAAAUUUGGCACCCAACACAGGGCUGAACAUGUCCAAGUCCCACCCUAAUUUGGAAUGUCCAAAUAUCUGCAACUGUAACUGUAUUCAUGCACAAACCCCACUGCCGAUUCGAGAUGGCGCAGACCAGGACGGCGGAAGUCGUAUCUGAAAAGUGCCGAACACUACAACACCUGAUUCAACUAAUAAGUAGAAUAAGUUGUCUUAGUGCUGGGUUAAAACAUAACCAAAGUCUUUUUUUUUAGCAAAAAAAAAAGAAUUGAAAUAAAUAUUAACUUACCCUAAAUCAAAAUAUCACAAGAUAUAUUUUUUGAUGACUGAUUUAAAACUUUUCUAAGGGAUAUCCCAAUGUCCCUGGGUCUGGAAUCUGGGCCAUGCCAGUGCCGAUCACGGCCGGCAGCCCCGUUGGUCGAUGCGAGGCUCAUGCUGAACGCUCUGCCAGACGGCUCUGGGUGACAUUGUUUCACUGCACGCUAGCGACCCCCACUGGUAAAUUGGGCAACGGCGGUCCGCCUGUUGACCCGCAGGGGAAGUGUCUUCCUCUGACUCGUGUCUGUGCGAGACAGCUUGCAGGCUACAGCGUGAUACAAAGAGGCGGCUGACAUCGCACGCUAGAGAGGAGGGUACGUGCUUGUCUGCGCAAUCGCAAAUCAGUCGCAGAGGUUGCAGUGCCGAUGAUGAUUGGCCAUUCCAAAUUGAGAGGAAAAGGGAAAAAAAAAAUUUAAGUAAUGAUUACAUGCAAUAUAAUAGUACUGCUGCUGCGGCCUGUCCAGGGUGUAUUCCCGCCUCUCCAAUGCAUGCUGAGAUAGGCUCCAGCACCUGCCCCGCGACCCUGCCUAGGAUAAGCGGGUGUAGAUAAUGGAUGGAUGGAUGGAUGGAUAAUAGUACUGUAGGGUUUGUAGUUGUUGAUACAAGUGGGUGGCUCACCUCUUCUCCUGUCCAUUGUGUCUUUUCUUGUCUGUCACCGGUACAGGAAUGCUUUCACUCCUUUGUGUUUGUUCCUGUGUUCUCUAUUUUGUCAACACUUGAAUUUUACUUUCCUAAAAACUCAGCCAACCCUGCUAAUUGCACUCUGUAGUUUGAGUAUUGAAUUUUCAUGUUUUGGUUGUCUUUUCUGUUUCUUUUUUCCCAAAAUAUUGUAUGGUGUCUUAGCCAAAGCAUGUUUGUUUUAGUAUUAAGAUUAAUUUUUAUUCAAUACCUUAAAACCAAGUGCAUGAUACUGUCAAAUAUACAGGAAACAUAGCUAUGCCUAGCUUGCCAGGUCUUUAUUUCUCCUUAAGCAUAAAUAUUUUACUGUAGAUUUCACAAAACUUAGACCAGACCUACAAAAGCUCAUAUAAUAUGAUACUAUUUGGUCAAACACUGUUUUUUUAUCCAAGGACGUGGUUUCAGCAGAAGAAAAGUAAUGAAGGAAGUCUUAACGGAAAUGGCAGCUUUAUAGUACCUAUUUUGGGGAAUUUGAUCAUUUCUGCAAAUGAAGUACCACUCCCUCCCCUUUUUUCUUCACUGGAAAGGAAUCUUCAGUGUGUUAUUUCAAGAAACAAUUGAGCCAACCAAUGCUGAGCAAUAUAACAUGAGCUAAACCCUUCCAAAAUAAUAAGCUAUACAUUUCCUGAUUGCUGCCAGGGAAGUAUGUAUUUCUUUCAGUGUGAGGGCAUUAAGUGCUUCUCAGUAUAUCUCAUGACAACUAUUGAGUGUGAAUCCAAAAAUAGAUCAAGCACAUUUUGAACAUUUUUACUUCUCAUUUCAAUUUUCAAAUACUUUUUGUGCAUUCUGUGCAUCUGGUCUGUUAUUAUUUAUCUUUAAUUAGGUCAUACAUUUUCUCUGCUAAGCAGAGUCCAUCUGCAAAAAGGAAAAAAAGGAAAAUAAAUGUAUUUCAGUUGGAAAAAUCCCAGGAAAGAAACUAUAACAUUACAGCUAAUAGUAUUAUAGAAGCUAAAUCACCGUAGCGAGUAUUGGUUUUGCACUGGUAACAACAGCAUGCUCUUAAUUUUGCUCUGUGUUUGUUAGAGUUGCUGAAACAAAUUUAAACGUUCAACCUUGACACCAGUCAAGUUAGCUCAGUCUUCAUUGCAUGGUCAAUGAAUGCUGUUUCUGUGUGCAUGCAAACUCUUUUCUCAUCAAGGUAGUUUUUCAUGUCACGUGAGGUCUUGUUCAAACCUACCAUAGAUUACACUUACAUCAAGACCAUUGUGGUGCUGCUUGAAUUAAAUGGGCAAGACCAUCUAUGUCUGAAUAAUCCAAUAUGUUAAUAUCUCUUUUAAAAGCAUUGUUUUUCUAAGUGGGCAUCAAAAGAGUUCAGACUACAAGGUGUGGCAUGAUACGCAUUGCAGUUUAUGUUUUUGUCAGUUUAUUUGAAAAAAAGGUCAUAGAAGACCAUAGAAGUUUGUGUUUGAUGCCAAAACCAUUGUAUCGGUAAACUACAUAGAAUAACACCUCGGCCAGUUACGCUUUGAAAUGAAAGCUUUGUACUGACAUUGCUUUACGUUCAGGGCAAUGGUGUGCUUGGCUUUUACAGGGGAGGUUAAUGGAAAAUCUGAUACCUUUAUCGCUAUAAGUGAUGUCUAUGCAGGUUCACAGUCAUUCUAAGUUCAGGGGCAAGUUACUCUGUAUUAGCUAUUUGCUAACUGUGUUGUUUGUGGCCUUUGGAACAAUAAUUCCAUAACUGCCAUGAAAUGUAAAUGUCAGAUGAGAUGCAAAUUAAAUUACUUAAGAAACAUUUCAAGGUUUUUUCUUCAUACAAAAUCUGUUUGAAAUUUUCAUUUAGAAAAGCUACAUUUGUAUCAGAUAACCACAGUACUAAGAGAGAGGGACUGUGCUAUUUUUGUGAGAUACUGAAGAUAUUAUACUUUCUCCCAGUGCUCCAGAUAUACUGUAUGUGUCCAAGUCAUUGUAUGAACUGAAACACACAUCCUGUAUAUUUUAUUGUGUAUUUAUUUACUUUCGUAUUAAUUGGGGGGAAAUGAAGGAAGAUUGUAUUUUCUGUAAGUUGAAAAUAAAUUAUUCAAUACUGA